AUGCACAAGCGUAGUGGCGUGUUGCGUGGGGUGCAGAGUGGCAUCAGCGUCGGUCGGCUGCGUCUCGCCGAGCAGUUUAGCACGAUGGAGGGCUGGCAGCGCCUUCAGGACCAGCGCUUCGAUCAGUACGUGAAGGAGAAGCGGCAGAAGCAGUACUUCGAUGCGUUCGACCAGCGUGUGGAGCGCGCCUUUCGAGUUGCAGCGAAGUUGCACAAGGCGGAGGUCGUGAACGCCUUCAAGCGCAAGGUGAAGGGCAGCAGCGAAGGCAAGUGGACGGCUGCCGUCGCGUUGGAGGUGAAGUCAGCGGUGGAGGAGCGGUUGCGCUGGCUGAGAGACGUGUGGUCGCAGAUCGACGCAGACUACCGUAGCAGCAAUGCAGAGAGGCAGGCGAAGGCGUCGCGUGAGAUAUCUGACGCGCUGCGUGGCGAGCCCGGGGCGUAUAUGCAGUGGGUCUACGAGCGCAAGCGCGAGGAUCGCUUUGCCGGUCCAAAAGAGAAGGCGGCGCGCGAGGCAGAGCUGAGCGCCGCGGAGCUGCCCGAGGUCACGGACGACGAAGCGAACCGCUACCACAGCCUUUCCUUGCGCAUGGCUGAUAUUGAGCACAACGUGAAGAGCCGCUUUGGCAUUGCUGGUCAGCAGCACUGGGCGGAGCUGCAGGCCGCCAAAGACGAGGCGUACGAGCAAAAGUUGGACACGGCGGCCAAACUGUAUGAGAAGCUGCUAGACCAGAGUGCGCGGUUCGACGAUAGCCGGCGGACGGCGCUGCUGCGGAGUAACGUAGAACGCGUACACCAGGCACAGGUCCGAUUCAAGGCGUCGAUGGAGAUGGAGAAGGAGCGCGAGCGACUUGUUGAGGCGCACGAGGCCAUGCGCGAGGAGCGCAAGCGGCAGGCCAAGGCGGAGCGCAUCGCCAUCCUCCAAGAGGCGGCCGAGCUGCGCCGCAGUGGGGCCACGGCAGAGGAAAUCAACCAGUACGCUCGGCAGCGGCAACUGGAAGCACACGCGCGCCGACAGGCGGAAUACCAGCUGCAGGAGCGCGACCUGCUUCAGCAGAAGAAGGCGCACUAUCUUGACAUGAUCGAGAAGUUCAAGGAUGAGGUGGAGAUGCGGGAGGGGCAGGAGAUGCUCCAGAAACAGGAGCCUGGGCUGCGCUCGCAGCGCAGCCACGGCGACGCCGAGUCGAGUGGCGCGCCAAAGCUUAACGCGUUUGGCUUCAUGGACGCCGACCGCCUUGACGACCCUGCCGCGUCGCAGCUAGCUGCAAGCGGUGCCACGGGGCACUCGGCCACCCUCCAAGAGAGCUCGACUGACCGGGCCGCCGCCACCGCUUCCGCCGCCGCACCGGGCCUGUCCGCAGCACAGCGAUCUCGCAAGAAGGCGCUGUGGGAUGUUAUUGAGAAGGACCGGUACGAGGACCCGUUCAUGACGAUCCACCAAGCUCGCCUCGACGCUGCUGCGACGUAUGACCCGCUGUAUGCUAAGCACCUCGCCACGACCUUGGCGCAAGGCAAGAAGUACACGAAGCAGGGCUUCGGCGAGCUCGCGGCUGGUGGCGAUAUGGACCGGCACGUGUUCAAGGCCACAGGGCGGACCAUGCGCCCGUACCAAUGGGGCCUUUCCUCCAACGUUGUGCAUGAUGUUGACGGCGACGGCAGCAACGACUACUUCCUAGGCCUCAACUGCCACGUGCAGAACCCCGAGACGGGCGACAUUGAUUGGCGGUACGAGAAGAAGGCGGGCGGCGCUGUCUUCCGCGGUCCGCUGCUGUAUCGCAUGGGCGCCAAACGCGAAGCCGGCGAGCCCGGCAGCGCCACAAUGGACCCGUCGACGGCGACAGUGCGGCGCUUCUCGCCGCUAACGACGACGUCAUCGAAGUCCGCCUCAAAGGCCGCACUUCCAUCGCCAGCCCGGCAAGUCGGUUCCACAGCCUCGCCUCCGGCGGUGCGCCGAAGUCGUGCAAGCGGGUCAAUGAACCGACGUGUCACCCAUAGCACAAGUGCUGUCGCAGCACCGUCCCUUCCGAGCUGGCGGAGCAGCUAA